AUGACGAGCGCCUCAGACACACAGCAGCUAUCCCAAGGGCUGCCAGAGGUUCGUAUCAACGUCACUGGACAUGACAAGUCGGGGAGAGAACUGUUUUUGUCAUCGGCUCCGGCGCAAUGGAAGGCGUACCACAGCAACACGAUGAGCUUUGCAGUUGUUUACACUACAUCCGAAAGCCCUCCGUCUCUCAACAACGACGAAGAUGUCCAAAAACAUCACGCUGUCAUGAAAGGCAACAAGCUUGGCCUAGUGAACCCAGGAGGCAGCGUUUGUAGAAUCGUUGAUUUUGCUCCAGGGCCAGAGAGCAUGAUGCAUCGUACGCAAAGCCUAGAUUACGGAAUCGUCAUCUUUGGCUCGGUGGAGGCAAUACUUGAGUCUGGAGACAGGCUAAUUAUGAAUCCUGGAGACGUGUGUGUCCAACGAGGAACAUCCCAUGCGUGGAGAAACACGUCCGGCACGGAAUGGGCCCGAAUGGCGUUUGUGUUGCAGGACUGCCAGCCCCUUACAUUUGACGGUGUAACACUGAAAGAGGACCUUGGAAAUAAUACAGACAUUCCAGCGAGCUAA